AAUAAAUGGACAUACGAGUGGAUUUUAUAGCUACCUGCAUUUUAAUUAAAAAUGAGUGGCCAAUUCAAAGCUUUUGUCACUGAAAAAGAAGUUCAAGAGCAAAGGGACCGCCGUCAAGCUGAGUGGGAACGAGUUAGAAAACCAGAAGAUCCUAUAGAAUGUCCAGAGGAGACCAGGUCACCUUUUGACCAGUUACAGACUAACAAAGAACUGAAGGAUAGAGAGCUUGAAGAUGAGACUAAAUUACGAAGUAGUGUAAAAGGUCUUGAUGAUGACGAGGUUCAUUUCCUGAGCUACGUGUCCAACAGGCAGGUGCAGAUAGAAAAGGAUCGGAACAUGGAAGAGAAGUCUGUCAUUGAAGAAAUGAAAAAUGCUAAUGUAGUAAAGGUAAAUGAGAAAAAAAAAAGAUCUCCAGACAGCAACAAAUCAUGAAGUUCAAUCACAAAGUCAAAUUCACAAAAGCUAUUAUUGCAGGGUGCAAUUAAAAGGAAAAGUACAACAGAAGCCAACUCUGACACAGUUGAUAAAAAGCAAAAAGCGAAUGGUGACAGUGAUGAUCCACCAGACAGCAAUCUGAUGGCAGGGAUCGCCAAAAACAUAAUGGUUGUAGCUGGCAUCCUGUCAGGGAUAGCUGACUACGGGAAGGAGGACAGCAGCACGGAGAAUGAAAGCAACUCAAGCGAAUCUGAGGCUGACCACAUGAUCCUACCCAGUGCUCCCACACAUGUAUACUAG